AUGGCGGAGCGUCCCACCGCGGAGGCGACAGCGCCUGCCGGGGCCGAAGAAGAGAAGACCCUGGGCGCCCAUGGGGGUGGCGGCAGCGGCGGUGCCUGCUUUGGGCCGCCCGUGGCACCAGACGUGUGGAUGGCAACGGCGGCUGGCGGGGCCCAGGGUGAGAAGAUCCCGGGCGCCCAUGGGGGUGGCGGCAGCGGAGGUAGCAGCAGCGGCAGCGGCAGCGGCGGUGCCGGCUUUGGGCCACCCGUGGAACCAGACAUGUGGAUGGCAACGGCGGCUGGCGGGGCCCAGGGUGAGAGGACCCCGGGCGCCCAUGGGGGCGGCGGCAGCGGAGGUAGCAGCAGCGGCAGCGGCAGCGGCGGUGCCGGCUUUGGGCCACCCGUGGAACCAGACAUGUGGAUGGCAACGGCGGCUGAUGGGGCCCAGGGUGAGAAGAUCCCGGGCGCCCAUGGGGGCGGCGGCAGCGGAGGUAGCAGCAGCGGCAGCGCAGCGGGGGUGCCGGCUUUGGGCCACCCGUGGAACCAGACAUGUGGAUGGCAACGGCGGCUGGCGGGGCCCAGGGUGAGAAGAUCCCGGGCGCCCAUGGGGCCGGCGGUAGCGGAGGUAGCAGCAGCGGCAGCAGCGGUGCCGGUUUUGGGCCGCCCAUGGCACUAG